GUAUCGCAUCUCUCCACCUCCAGUUUCUCUCGCUGAAGUGAAGUUGACCGGGGUGAGAAUAUGUAAGAAUGUUAAUGACACCGUGCUUCUAAAUUUGGUAAACACAAGUCAUUACUUUCGCAUGUUAUCGGAUGAAGGGCAGAGGGAAAGCAGCCGCCUCCGAACUCUGAUUGCAGGUUGGCCGCGCUUCUUCCGCUCCCUUUACUGCUGGAGUGAUGGUGUAAGGUCGCAGCGAGCUGCUGCCCGCCGGAGCGGAGCGUAGCCCAGCCGAGGCGAAUCUCGGAUCGGCGGGCGGGCGGGCGGGCAUUUCUGCAACCCUCUCCCGAAUGUUCCACUUUGUUUCAUCGUUUGCUUUCUGGCAUCUUGGAGCUUGCUACAUUCAGUCGGAUCUCGUACAACUUGGCGACUUUCAAAUUAAACAACUUGAAUGAGACAACUCUGCUAAAAAACAUUGAGACGGCUUCAGAGGAAAGAUAACAAAAUCCCAGCGCGAUGUAUCCUCAAGCCAGACAUCCAGCGCCUCACCAACCCGCACAGCCCUUUAAAUUUACCAUCUCCGAAUCGUGCGAUCGCAUCAAAGAAGAAUUUCAGUUCUUGCAGGCGCAGUAUCACAGUUUGAAAUUGGAAUGUGAAAAACUAGCCAGUGAAAAGACAGAAAUGCAACGCCACUAUGUCAUGUAUUAUGAAAUGUCUUAUGGUCUGAAUAUAGAAAUGCACAAACAGGCUGAAAUUGUCAAGAGACUUAAUGCCAUUUGUGCUCAGGUCAUUCCUUUCUUGUCUCAGGAGCACCAACAGCAAGUGGUGCAGGCAGUGGAACGGGCCAAGCAAGUGACCAUGGCUGAGCUAAACGCCAUCAUCGGGGUACGUGGUCUUCAAAGUCUGCCCCUUACACAGCAGCAACAAUUGCAAGCUCAACAUUUAUCACAUGGUCAUGCACUUCCAGUUCCUCUUACUCCGCACCCAUCUGGAUUGCAGCCUCCAGGAAUCCCUUCUGUUGGAAGCAGUGCUGGACUACUGGCGUUAUCAAAUGCUAUGAAGGAUGAGAAAAAACACCAUGAAACAGACCAUCAAAGAGACAGAGACUCAGUAAAGAGUUCCUCAGUAUCUCCAUCAGCCAGCUUCAGAGCUGCAGAGAAGCACAGAAGUUCGAAUGAUUACUCCUCAGAUAGUAAGAAGCAGAAGACUGAUGAUAAAGAUUUAGCAAAGCGUUAUGAUAGUGAUGGAGAGAAGAGUGAUGACAACUUGGUUGUUGAUGUUUCCAAUGAGGAUCCCACUUCACCAAGAGGUAGCCCACCUCACUCACCGCGGGAAAAUGGUUUAGAUAAAUCUCGCCUCUUAAAAAAGGAUGCACCUAUAAGCCCAGCUUCCAUUGCUUCUUCUAGUAGUACUCCUUCUACAAAGUCCAAAGAAAUGAGUCUUAAUGAAAAAUCAACUACUCCUGUGCCAAAGUCCAACACUCCAACUCCACGAUCAGAUGCUUCAACUCCAGGAAGUAAUUCCACUCCAGGAUUGAGGCCUCUCUCUGGCAAACCUCCAGGAAUUGAUCCAAUAGGCUUGAGGACUCCUAUGGCAGUUCCAUGCCCUUAUCCUACUCCUUUUGGAAUAGUGCCCCACGCUGGUAUGAAUGGAGACCUAACGAGUCCGGGGACGUAUGCAGGAUUACAUAAUAUCUCCCCUCAGAUGAGCGCAGCAGCAGCUGCGGCAGCGGCAGCAGCUGCCUACAGCCGAUCUCCAGUGGUUGGAUUUGAUCCACAUCACAUACGUGUACCUGGCAUUCCACCAAACCUAAGUGGCAUUCCCGGAGGAAAACCUGCUUAUUCAUUUCAUGUAAGCGCUGAUGGACAGAUGCAACCUGUGCCUUUCCCUCCUGAUGCUCUGAUUGGACCAGGAAUUCCAAGGCAUGCGCGGCAAAUGAAUUCUCUGAGCCAUGGUGAAGUUGUGUGUGCAGUGACCAUCAGCAAUCCUACAAGACACGUGUACACUGGUGGAAAGGGAUGUGUGAAGGUCUGGGAUAUUAGUCACCCUGGGAACAAGAGCCCAGUCUCUCAGCUGGAUUGCCUGAACAGAGACAAUUACAUCCGCUCAUGCAAAUUGCUUCCUGAUGGACGCACUCUCAUUGUUGGUGGUGAAGCGAGCACAUUAUCCAUUUGGGAUUUGGCAGCCCCAACUCCACGUAUAAAGGCAGAAUUGACAUCCUCUGCUCCUGCCUGCUAUGCUUUGGCUAUCAGCCCUGACUCCAAAGUCUGUUUCUCCUGCUGUAGUGAUGGAAAUAUCGCUGUCUGGGAUCUGCACAACCAGACGCUCGUCAGGCAAUUUCAAGGUCACACAGAUGGAGCCAGCUGUAUUGACAUUUCAAAUGAUGGCACCAAACUUUGGACGGGAGGUUUAGACAACACUGUAAGGUCCUGGGACCUCAGAGAAGGAAGGCAACUGCAGCAACAUGACUUCACAUCUCAGAUCUUUUCUUUGGGAUAUUGUCCUACUGGAGAGUGGCUUGCAGUUGGAAUGGAAAACAGCAACGUAGAGGUUCUUCAUGUGACAAAACCAGACAAAUACCAAUUGCACCUCCAUGAGAGCUGUGUGCUAUCCCUUAAAUUUGCUCAUUGUGGCAAAUGGUUUGUAAGCACUGGGAAGGAUAAUCUGCUGAAUGCCUGGAGAACACCUUAUGGAGCUAGCAUAUUUCAGUCUAAGGAAUCCUCAUCGGUGCUGAGCUGCGACAUCUCAGUGGAUGAUAAAUACAUUAUCACUGGCUCUGGAGACAAGAAGGCUACAGUCUAUGAAGUUAUUUAUUAGGAGUGGAGCCUGAACACAAAGAUACCUUUCACUAUAGCACUUUUGUUAGAUUUGCUCUUUAUGGCUGACUUUGCAAAACAAAGACUUCAACGUUCUUGUCAUUGUUUCUCAGCUCUGUGCUGUAUUUGAUCGUAAUUUCUGGACACUUCCGUCUGAUAUACAAAAAAGCCUCAAAAUCCAACUACGCUGAGCAGAGUGACAAGCUUCUUUUGCCAUUUAAUUGAAUGAAGGACCAGAAGGUUUCAACUAUUUAUUUUUGUUUUUCCAAGACUUUUUAUAAUCUUUGUUGAAAUUGGUUAAUUUCAUACAAGCUCGCUCAAGACUUUGGUGGUAGCAGUUAUUCUGUUUGGAAUUGGGAUGGAGGGCAUAAGUUCAUUUCCACCUUGACUGAUAUUGUGUGUUUUAUUAUUUCUUCAUUUUAUUACAGAAUUAUUGAGAUUUUUAAUAGGAGUAUCAAGUUACAGAGUAACAUCCUUAGAAUUCAUCCAAACUGAAGCUAGUUGAUAUGCCAAGAGAAAGGUUAAAAAAAAAUACAAGAUUGGCUAGGUUCUGAAGUGACUGCUGUUGGUAUUGUUUUGGUAGAAGACAGACUUAAUAAAACAAUACCACUUCAAAUCACUUUCUAAGUAUUGCUCUAAAUAAGGCAGAAGGCAUCAGUAGAAAAUGGGGAACUCUACAAGCUGAGAAACGUGCUAAUUUGCUCAGGUGUUUUGCAUAAUAGGAAAACAACCAUUCAGAAAUGACUAAACUGCAAUUGUUUCGUAUUCAAUGAAAAGCAAAAUUUCUUGAGCAGUUAGUUAGUUCCCCAGAUCGCUUCAUUAAAGAUUCCUGAAAUUUAAUUUUUUAAUGGAACACACAAUAAGAUUAAAUUAUUCAGAAUAAAAUUCCUAAAAUUAUCUGUUCUCUUUUGCAUCAGUCCCUCAUAUAUGCUCUUCCCUGUUGAAAGAGUUUCUACUGUUGAUUCAGUUUUUCAUCAUUUGGAUCCUUUAAUUAUUCUUUGGCUUUCUGCACAUUCCUCUGCCCAAUCUCACCCUAUCCCUAGUACCAGCUCUAUCUCUGCCUUUCUUUUUGUCCUUCUGUCACUUCUCAUUCAAAUACUCAUGAAAUGCUCACAUUGUUUGCAUGGUUGUAACUUUUGAGUUCUUUCCAAACCUGAAGAGUUCUAUCCAUUAUUUGACAGGAAUUCCCACUCUCAAUACGUAUUCUGACUUCAUUGUUCCCAUUUCCGCUUCAUACCUCAUCAUUUCUACUCAUCAGUCUCAUUCACUGAAAGCAAAGUCAUGGGAAGGUCAAUUAGUGAUGUAUGAAACAUAGUUUUUAUCUGCUAACUCAGAAGUCUUAACAUUUUUGUAGUGUUGAGGAAAGGAGAAGGGAUAAGUAAAGAGGUAAAGAAAGAUGACUGUAACUCAUUACUUAAUAAGUUUAAUGAAGAUUGUAUAUUGUCAUAGGUCAAGGCUUUGUGCUUGGAUUUGUAACUGAUGUUCUUGAUGGAAGCCCUUUUUAGACGUGAAAGUCAACUGAAUUAACAUCUAAUGCACCAACACUAAUAUAUCUGUACCCGCACAAUAAUGGAAGAAUAAAGUAAGUUACAAUCAAGGGGAUAUCAUAAACUGUCCAGACUUUACAGACAUUUCUGUACUAAUUCCAACUGAACUUGAAUCUACCUUAGAGUAAAUGAUAAACAUCGCAUGUUGUAAAGAGUUAAUGGAUCCCUUACUCUCAAUAUUUCCCUUUUUCCAUGAUUAACAAAAGUUUUUAUAUGACCUAGUGUGAUUUUAUUUGCUGCUCCCAGGAAAAUUUAGAAAAAAAAAUCUAAAUGGACCUGUAUCUAGUCCUGAAACAAUUUCAUUUUUGCUAUUGGUAAUGAGUAUUGUCUCUCUACGAUCUCUCUAUCUAGAUGAAAAUAUGCUAUUUUUAAUAUAAUUCUUUAGCAGUUGUUCCAAGUUGAAGAAAUGUUUUCUGACCCCAUUGAAACAGUCUUUAUGAGCUGCAAGAAAUUCACACCCACCAGUCAUCACAAGAGAAUAUGAAUACUGUGGAGACUCCAUAAAAAUAUUGUGCAAUGUUUGUCAAAAUAAACUGCAGCAAACUGGAAGUGGAAGACCAAGUGGAAGAAAAUAAGGCCAGUGUCACACAGAUAAACUGAGGUGGUAAUCCUCUAAAUCUAAAAGGACAAUCAGCUAUUUGUUCUUCAUUGAGAAGGUCUUGCUGAUAUUAAGGCAGACACAUUUUCCAGUAAAGUAGCAAAUUUAAAGGAUACUGUACCUCUAACAGUCUGAUAACAUCUGCACCCUGAUAAUCUCUGCACAAUUUGCCCACUUGUUCUCAUCAGCUAUGGCUGCUUCAGUUCUGAACCUCAAAUCCCAAGUAUCCUUUUUUCAAUUAUUUGAAGUAGUUUGAUAAUAUUAAUUAUUUGUGGUCAUUAACCAUAAAAUAAACAUGAUUAUCGUGGGGACUGACAACCAGAUUGACCAUCAAUACAAACCCAGAGUCAGAAUAUGUGAACUGUAUCCACCAUUCCAGCGGCACAAUUUGACUUUGCGCCCAACCGCACCCCCUGCACCCUUUUCCUCACCCUGCAUUCACAUUUUGAAUAAUGCUUUUAUGUUUCAUUUCAGGGUUUUCAAAAAUUUACUGGUUCAGUGAUUUACCAUUUAUUUAUUGAAUUCAGCACCAACUAACCCUGUAGCCAAUAAUUAAACAAAUCCCUCCCACCACAUAGAUGAACUGUAGAUACCAUUUGUUUCCUUUCUUCAGUAGGCAAUUUAAUUACAGAAAAUAAGGGUAGCUCAUCCAGCUGUUCCUUAUUUAAUAAUAUUAUGGCUGAGCUUUUAAUUCCACAUCAAUUACCUACAACUAACCCCAGAUUCCACAGUUCCUUCGGACAUAGCCAUUUUCAGAUAUUAAGUACACCCUGACUGGAAUUUAUUAACUCUGCAGAAAUUUCUUCUCAUCUGUCCCGAAUGACUGCCUCCUUAUUUUGAGAUUCUGACCUCUGGUCCCAGCCCAACAUCAACACUGUAUCCAAACUGUUAAGCCAUGUACAGAAAAUAAAAUUAUACAUUUCCACAAGAUCACUUCUCUUUUAAAUAGUGGUUCAGAUUACAAUCUCUCAUGGCACAAAACCCAUAGACUUGGAUCAAUUUAAGUGAAGCUUCAAUACAAUCUCUCCAUUGCAAGUAUUUAUCCUUUCUUAGAAAGGGGACCAGAUCAGUGCAUGAUCUUCCAGAUGCACAUUCAUUUGACUAAAUUAAAUCUGAAGUAAUAUAUUAUUGUCUUGUACUCCAACCUACUUGCAGUGAAGGCCAACAUACCAUUUGCUUUCUGAUUGCUUGCUGCCCCUGCAUAUUAACUUCAUGAUUAAUGUACAAGUACUUGCGGAUUCCACUAAUGGCACCUUUUAACCUCUCCAAUUAAAAUGUACUCUAGCAAAAAAGGCAAAAUGGAUAAGAUGACAUUUUCCACAUUAUAUUGUAUGCGCCACUUUGUGCAUUCAUGUAACCUAUCCAUUUCUCUGUAGAAACCUCUCUGUAUCCUUCUCACAGGUAACAGUGGCACCCAGAUUGGUAUCGUCGAACGUUGAUAUAUCCUCCUCAUCCAAAGCAUAAAUGGUGACCUUGCAUUAAUCCCUGUGCAUCCAACCCAACCCAACCCAACCCAACCCAAAAUGAACCAGUGCUUUUUUUUUUGUUUGUUUGGUUUUCUAGCUAAACCUGAUGUGUGGUUAAAUAGGUGGGUUGCUUGGCGAUGCAACUCGUUGGGCCGGAAGGGCCUGUUCUACACUGUAUCUCUAACUAAAAUAAAUCAGAACAGUAUUCCAAUUGUAGCGCAAGGGACUAUUUUUAAAUUCAGUUUAUACAUUUUUGUCACAAGUGAAUUAACUGAAUAACUUAAGUGCCAAAAAAAUUAUGUGUAUCCCUGCAGAAAAAUAAUGAUUACUGUUCAACAAUCAAUCCACAGCCACAUACCCACAACCAAAUUAAUAUAUUCCUUUAUGCAUACCCUAUCUGGCAUCAUUGGAACACUUGAACAGAAAUUUAAAAAAACAUUUUCAAAAUCUGUGACUGAUUUUAUGAUGUGUAAAUGACUCUACUUCCACAUAUCUUCUUUUCCCCCUGUUCUGCAUCCAAGCCCCAGGUGUAAAUCUUGCUUCCACUAUCAAUGGCAGUGUUUAGCCACUGACCCUUCAUUCUUUUACUCUUUGAAUACUUGCACAAAGCAUUUUUAUAGGUGCUUUUGGCUAUUUCCUUAUGUUCUGUGCUUAUCACCGUGCCUUCCGUAUUUAUCCAGACUAUACAAGAAGUGUGUUUAUUGCUCAGGAAGGAGGGAUAAGAACAGAACCUACAUUUGGGUGACUACCUGCUUUUUAUUUUAGUAGGAAUAGUUCUAAAUGUGAACAAGCAAAUAACAUUUUGGCCUGAAUUUAUUUGAUAGAAAUUUUCGGUUACAUUAAUUGCAAGAUAUUCUAAAUACCAAUUGAAACAAUAGAGGGAAAUUUAAAAAUUGCAAUAGUUAUUUCUUUCCCAUGCUAUUUGCUUUCAACCAUUUUCUAAAGGUGGGUUGGAAUAUCAUCUCUAUUGGCCUGAACAGAGGAAAAUAGACCAGGAGAAAUGUAUACAUGCCAAGUAGGAGCUUAAUUCCCAUUCUUUUGUUUUCAAGGGGAAGGAAAACAAUAUUUCCAUAUUUGUCACAUUCUUUCCAAAUUGCCUAUCCGUUUAAAUACUAUUCUAUGUUGCCUUUUCCAAAUUAGUAUAUAUAUAUUUUUUUUAGCUUAUCUAGAGCAUAGCUAUCUAUAGGAACAGCUGGAUGGCCAGCAAUGUUCAGAUUUUCUUCCCUUUGUUUGAACUGAAGACAAUGAACCGUUUGUCCUGUAUCAACACUAGGAAUGGCUGUGCAUAGGGAUACACUCGUGAUUUGGUUUCAAAGUGGAAUGCUUGUUCUUGUGGAAGUGUAAACUUUUAGGUAGGUUACUGUGAGACUUGUAUGUCAGUUCUUUGCUUUAUGAAAAUCUGUGUACAGAGAGAUUAUUCAUAUUCUGGAGAACUUUCCAUUCACCAGCCUCCUCCCCAACUAAACUACCACCUAAAUUAACAGGGAACUUCACCGAAUAAGACGUACAGUGGCAACAGCCACAACUUGUGUUUUUCUUUUCAGUCAAUAAAGCAUCACAAGAUGCUUCAUGUAAUUGCUAGCAUGCAGUAUUUGACACUGAGCCACAUGAAGUAAUAGAACAAAUGACCACAUGCUUGGCCCAAACUGUAGAUCUUAAGAUGCAACCAAAUGCAGGAGCAAAAAAGAAUGAAAAGCAAAGAGUUUUAGGGAGGAAAUUCUAGAGCACAAGGACCUUUAACAUCAGAAAGCUCUCUUUGAAGCGCUUAAAGACUGGAAUUUUCUGUUGGCUAAAAUUGGGGAAGUGCAGUUUGAUCAAAGCUUUGAAUAAGAUUUCUAAAGUAGGGAGGAGGACAAUCAAGAUUUGGUUUGAAAACGUGUAGGAAAUUUAAAAAUCCUGGAACACCUUAAAUGGGAAGCAACACGGAACAAUGAACGCAUGAAAAAUGGAUAAACAGGACCUAGUAUAAGGGAGGAAGUGGAUAGCAGAAUUUUUUUCAAUGGCCUCAUGCUUACAAAAUAAAAGUGAAUAAGUCAUCAGAAAUCUAUUGAAGUGGUCAUCUCUCUGCUAUCACUAGAUAUGAAUUAAGUCAUCAACAGCAGAUAACCAUUUAAGGAGCAGAUAUAGGUUAUUAAUCUAGAGGUGGAUUAGGUGUAGUUAGAAAUUCAUUCAGGGUUCCAGUUAAGUUGCAUACUAUCUGGUUCAACUUCAUAUCUGCCAUUUAAGAAAGCCAGUGACAAAUAGAGUUUAUAGGGACUGAAAUUGAUGGCUUAGGUUCUUUUAGUAUCUAAUUGGAUUAAAUGUUUUGCUUGUCUAUUUCUGGAUGUUAAAUAGGGCUGAUUAUUUAGUGAAAAUUGUGAAAAUAAGAAAGCUAGUCUUAAGGCAAAGCUGAUUUUGGCCCAGUAUCAUUAUUGAUGCUAUGUUUUGGCAAGAGGUCAACAAGAGACAACAUCAUAAUGAGAAAUAUGACAGAGCCAACGACUGAUUCUUGGAGAAACACUAUUGAUGAUCGUGAGGUCAGGAAGAAAAGACAUUGCAUCAUUAGUUCAGUGUUGUGUUCUCGGUACAAAUCAUUAAACAUGUAUAACCACCGCUGUAUAUAUUUAUGGAGCAUCAACCACUGGUGCUGCAUUCAUCAACAGUUUUCUAUUAAGUACAUAAUUUUAGAUCAAAGAAUGUAAUUGCUUGGCUUGAGACCAGCGAUAAAUACUGGCACACUGCAAGCUGCGAAGUUCUAAUGGUAAGGACUGUACUAAAUGAUUAUCUAACUUGUUAAUGUGCAGUGGAAGUGAUAUUUGUGCUCUUCAAUGCAAUUUUUUUGCAAGAAUAGAGUGUGACAUUUUCAUAGCACUGUUCAUUCUAAAAGUGAGAUAUGAGAGCAUACAGACUAUGUUCGAGUUAAUGUAUUACAGAGCAUCACUCUGGAAUAUUGUUGUUUUCCAACCUAUUGUUGGACAGCUGUUUACCCCUCCACAUUCCAAUUCUACCUCCCCCCCCCAAAAAAUCAUUCAUUAUAAAGGUAGAAUAAUUAUUCUAUGAAGUCUCAAUUUCUGUUGUGAGUAUUAGUCCUGUGACUUCUAUAUUUUAUGCAGACGUAAAUGAACGUGUAGCCCCUGGAGAUAAUGGCCUUAGUUCUAUAAGGUAACAUCAAACUAGCACUGAAAGGGGAUGCUUAGGUCUAGAAGAAGUGUGAAACUAUUAUACUCCCAAAUGACUGCUGUGUGUUGGCUGGUUUUCUCUUUUACCUUAUUUUCUUUAUUCCAUGUUGAAUGUCUUAUUUAAGGCCUUUUACAAAUAGGAAUCUAAAAAUCUUUCUCACUAAUAUGGGAUCCAUUUUGGCUAUCUAAGGCUCCUUUGCCUUUUCUGUGAUUCAAUUGACUUCCAGGAAGUUGCCCAUCACGUUGACAAUUAAACUUGUAUCUUGUGGUUAAAACUUGCUUUGCUUAGAAUAAUCACAAAUAUUAUAUUAAUAAUUCCUCUCUGCCUAAAGUCUUAGAAUACCAAACUUAAGAGAAUGCUUCUGGGUUCACAAUCAAUUUUCACUCCAUUUUCAAUGAUAAUACUAAAAUUUGAAAAGCUGUCAACUGUUGCUGUUAUAACCUACAGAUUAACAUAAAGGGAAAAUAAGUUAAUAGCUAUUGAGGUGUUUCUUUGUACACAUGCAUUAUAUACCACUGAAAGUGCCCUGUGGUCAACUUGUUAGCUUUUUAAUCCCCUUUUCUUUGUUAGAAAUAUUGUUAUAUUUGAAAGAUUCUUAAAUUAGUAGGAAUGUUUUGUAUCUAAUUGAUGGCUAAAUAUACAGUUCUAAUGCUGUAUGUUCGUUGGAUCUUUAAGAAAGAAACUAGUCACAUGUGACUAUAACUCUUACAAAAUAAGACAAUGGGAGGAAGAAGUGCAAAAAUGCUGCAGAAUUGCACUGGAUAUUCAUAUAUGUAAAGAAAAUAAUCAAUUUGUUUUAAUUAAAGCAAAGAUCUGAAACACUGGAAAUGUAACCUCAGCUAGUCUGUCUCUAGUGGUCUCUGUACUGUAAAAUAAUUCUUUUAAUAUAACACACUGUUUCACUGUUUUGGUCUGUGGUUAU